AUGUCUCACUAUAAUCAGCCUCCCUAUGGAGGAUAUGCACAGGGGCCUCCCGGUGCCCCGCCCCAGGGCUAUCAUCAGCCUCAGCAGCCCUACGGGGCGCCAGCUCAAUACCCUCCCCAGGGCCAGUAUCCUCCACAAGGCCAAUACCCUCCUCAGGGUCAAUAUCCCCCUCAAGGUCCUCCUCAAGGCCAUUACGGUGCCCCCCCACAAGGCCACUACGGCGCCCCCUCGCCGCAACCCCACGGAUACCAUGCACCACCCCCACAGCCUCCAUACGGCCAUGCUCCUCCAAACCAGCCACCUCCUGGCGCUCACGGAUUCCCUCCCCAAGGCCAGGCGCCAGGCGGGUAUGGACAACCUCAGGUGAUUCCGUCCAGACCUUCACUGGGCUACAUCCCCGGCACGCUAGCACCCGGAGACUUCCGCCCGCAGGCGGACGCGCUGCGCAAAGCGAUGAAGGGCUUCGGAACAGACGAGAAGGCUCUGAUCGCCGUUCUCGCGCCCCUCGAUCCGCUCCAAGUCGCCGCCGUCCGCGACACGUUCUCGAAACACCUCGGUCGCGACUUGGUCAAGGACGUCAAGUCCGAGACAAGCGGAUACUUCGAGCAAGGACUCAUCUCCGUGAUAAACGGACCCCUCCUUCACGAUGUUGAGAGCAUCCAUUCAGCGAUCGACGGUGCCGGAACAAAGGAGUGGCUCCUCAACGACAUCCUCCUGGGACGGUCCAAUGCCGAUCUGAACGCGAUCCGAACCGCGUACGAGAUCCGCUACGGGCGCUCGCUCUCCCGAGACGUCGAGUCAGAUCUCUCCUUCGGAACCUCGGAGCUAUUCGCGACUGCUCUCCGGGCCGCGCGUCACGAGGAGUCCGCGCCCGUUAACCCGCAGACCAUCGAGGCGGAUGUGCGUUGUCUCCAGGGUCCAAAGAACGUGAAGGAGGUGUGCGCGAUCUUUGCGCGAUCCUCCGAUGCUGAGAUCCGCGCCAUCGAUCAGACUUUCCAUUCCCGCUACCAUACUUCCCUGGAGAAGCAUAUUGAGAAGGAGUUCUCGGGUCAUAUGGAGGAUGCGUUGCUUCAUAUGCUUCGUACGGCUACGGAUCCUGCUAUGCGGGAUGCGAUGUUGUUGGAGGAUUGCAUGCGCGGCAUGGGCACGAAGGAUGAGCGUCUUGUGGUGCGCGUUGUGCGGACUCAUUGGGAUCGCAGGCAUAAGGAUACGAUGAAGCGCGCUUAUCAGCAUAAGUUUGGAAAGCCAUUGGUGGAGAGGGUGCGUGGGGAGACGUCUGGUGAUUACGGGCGGUUGAUGGUUGCUCUUCUUGAGUAA